CCUAAUUAUAAUAACCCAUACAUAAAUUCCUCAAAAGUCUAAUAGUAAAUUACAUUCAAUGAACUUAAAAAUGGAUGGUCUUAAUUUUUUGGCCCCCACUUACCUCACCGUAAAUAUGUAAUAUCUUCUUAUAUUUAAAAUCUUACUCAUGGAAUAAGCGGGAUCAAAAAAUUAAAAGUGGCACCAAAGUAUCCUAUUUGUGCAAAUCACCCAAAGACUAAUGAGUUUAAUUUUAAGGCCCAAAUUGAAUGCUUAUAAUGGGUUCGCUAAACCACAAAAAAUAAACUCUUAACAUAAUUUCAAUAAUAUCGACUUGGCGCCAACGUCGAGCUCAUUCGAUGCUUCAAUGGAGGCGUUCACACUUAAACCAAACUUCCUGGGAAAUAUUCUGGUGCGACUCGUCUCUUUCGUGGUUCUCGUUUUCCUCGCUCGUUUUGCUUACGUCUUCACUGUCAAAGGCGGCAAAUCAUGUAACUCCAGCGACUUCUGCUUCUUGCCGGAAAGCUUAAACCCUAACUCCAUCUCCAUCUACGGCGAGUUACCGGAUUCUGGCACCGGCGUCAGGAACUACUACUACUCCGUGUUCCAAGAUCUCAUCGCUGACGGCUUCCUUUCUCCUAAUUCCAAGUCUCUGUGCAUCGAAACCAUAACCGGCCAAGACGUCGCGGCGUUGAUCGACGUCGGAGUCGUCGAUUCGAUCGGAAUUUUCAACAAAUCGUCCUCGCCGUUGAUUCGUCACGGUUACGCUAUUCGCCAGCGGUUCGAUGAGAACACUUUCGAUUUUGAGUACGCUGCCGACGGAGUUCUCGAAAAAUCGACGAAGCCAGUUGAGUUUGCUAAAGAAGUUUCUAGAACUCUAAAACCUGGUGGUUUUUUCGUUAUUCACACAAUAACGAAAGAUAAUUACAGUCUCGAUUCGUUGAUUCAAUUGUUCGAUUCUUUCAAAUUGAUAAGGUUACGUGAAAUUGACGGUUUUGACACGUGGCAGCCUUUGAUUCGCGAAGUUAUUUUCGAAAAAGUAAAGGUGACAGGAUUGGAACCUAUGGCCCGAUGUAACAAAAAUAGGUGUAUUGAUUUCGAGAAAAUGAGUAAUGACUGUGUUGUUUCAGGGUAUAAAAGAGAAUUAAUUCGAAAAUUGGAGCCUUUAAUUGAGGAAGAGCCAAUAAAACCAUGGAUAACAUUGAAGAGGAACUUUAGGAAUCUGAAGUAUUUGUCUUCAAUGGUUGAUAUAAGCUUUAAAAAUAGGUACAUUUAUGUUGAUGUUGGAGCAAGGAGUUAUAGUUCAAGCAUUGGUAGUUGGUUCAACAAACAGUAUCCGAAACAGAACAAGAAAUUCGAGGUAUACGCGAUUGAAGCUGAUAGGGAAUUUCACGACGAGUAUAGUAAAAAGGGAGUUAAUCUUUUGCCAUAUGCAGCUUGGUUGAGGAACGAGACGUUGUUUUUCGAGAUAAGUAGAGAGCCGAGUAGGAAGAAGAACGUGGAGAAGGGUCGAGGGAUGGGGAGAGUACAAUCAGCACAAUCGUCGUUGAAUUUCGUGGGGGAUUUGGAUACGAUUAAGGGGUUUGAUUUUGCAUUAUGGUUGAUGAGUUUGGCUGAAGAAAGGGAUUAUUUGGUUGUGAAAAUGGAUGUUGAAGGGACUGAGUUUCACUUGAUACCAAGGUUGAUUGAGACUGGUGCAAUAUGUUUGAUUGAUGAGUUGUUUCUUGAAUGUCAUUAUAGUAGAUGGCAAAAGUGUUGUCCUGGUAAAAGGAGUCCUAAAUAUGAGAAGACAUAUGCACAUUGUUUGGAGCUUUUUUCUUCUCUUAGAGAGAGAGGUGUUCUAGUUCAUCAAUGGUGGUGAGUAGCCUGUAAAUGGUUUCAUUUCAUUAGGGGCAAAUAUUCUUUGAUUCUUUGUAUACUUCUGUUUUGACAUGUUUGUUCAUUAGUUGAGGGGUGCAAAGAAGUAAAAUUGGAUAAUAGACAAGUUAAAUGAAAUCAUGUUGAACCCACUCCAGUUAAGAUGGACAAAGUAUAAUCAAAUUCAAAGUUGGUUUA